AGCUAGCUGCCCACUCCACUUCAGGUUGGGAGUUUUCCCUAAGGACCAACAGCCAGGUAACAUUUCCUCACAGCAGAGAAGCAGCCAAUCAGUGUGGUCGGUGACUGGGACAAAGUCCUCAUUACUGAGGACUCACCUGCUGCCAGGAAGGUGUAAUAUUACACUUUCAACUAGGAUCUACCUGCCCAGGAGAGCCGCACAGCUGAAGGUUACCUUGUUAGCAAAACGAGCACCUGCUGCUCAUGGAUCCCUGAAUUAAAACCCAAGAAGUUUGACCGCAGAGAUGGCCGAAGCGUCGGCUCCUCCGUUGUCGCCAUCUGAUUUUGGAUUACUGUCUCCACCUCCUGACCUUUGUGCAUCGUGUGGUCACAGCCACCAGCAGGAGGAGAAUCACGAGUAUCUCUACAAAGAGGAGGUGGACGACGACCUUGUGUGCCACAUCUGUUUGCAGGCGCUCAUCAAGCCAUUGGACACGCCCUGUGGCCAUACCUACUGUCAGGAAUGCCUCACCAGCUUCCUGCUGGAGAGCGACUUCUGUCCGGUCUGCCGGGCGCCGCUCAUGCUACAGAACUGCAGGAAACCCAGCCUGCUGGUGCACAAGCUGCUGGACAAGCUGAGCGUCGCCUGCCCCUUCACUGACCACUGCUCGGAAGUCGUGCCCCGCGGUGAGCUGGAGGACCAUAUCAAAAGCAGGUGCAAAGGAGCAUCUCACUAUGGGCUCUCAGCUGACAGGAAGCGACGAUCGCAAGAAGGCGAAUGCACGGACAGCACUUCAGAACUUACCAUCGCAACCCUCCCCGGCGAUGGCCCCACAUCAGCAGCUGUGGCCCUUCUGUCAGACGAGUCCGGUUUGGUUAACCCUGCGUUUGACCCCAGCAUGGAGGACAACAGUCAGUCCGGCAGCACGACUAACCUUGCAGCGCGCAGCAGCACCAAGAAGAGUGAGUUCAGAAACUUUGAGCGAUCCUCAGUGAGGAGUCGUUCCUUCAGGAGGUUGAACCGAGCCUUCAGUGUCCUACGGCGAACCAAGAGCGGCACAGCCGUGAGCAAUGAGACAUCUGAGGAACGAGACAAUGCCAGAAAUUCCAGUGUGCCACAAGGAGUGCUGGCGCUUCCACAGCUCCAUCACCUGAUCCCUGACGGUGAAAUCACCAGUAUUAAAAUCACGCGGGCAGAGCCAUCCGAACCUUUGGCCAUCAGUAUUGUUGGUGGAAAUGAGACGCCUCUCGUCCGCAUUCUCAUUCAGGAUAUCUAUAGGGAAGGCGUCAUCGCUCGCGAUGGCCGGCUGCUGCCUGGAGACAUGAUCCUGAAGGUGAAUGGCAUUGACAUCAGCAAUGUCCCGCACUGCUACGCUGUGGCCACCCUCAAACAGCCGUGCCAACUGCUACGGCUAACGGUCCUCCGAGAGCAACGUCACCGCUAUCGCUCACACGGCCACCUACACGGGCACAGCCACGACGUCGCAGCAGGCCACCUCCCUCACGGCCUUCUUGCCCACCCCCUGAGAGAUGACAGCAUCCAUGUGGUGCUGAACAAAAGCACUCGAGACGAGCAGCUGGGCAUUAAGCUAGUCCGGCGGCCGGAGGAGAAUGGCGUCUACAUCUUUCACCUGCUGGAGGGCGGCCUGGCAGCACGUGAUGGGCAGCUGUGUGUCGGAGACAGAGUGCUGGCUAUCAAUGGGCAAGACCUGCGCUACGGCGUGCCAGAACAUGCCGCACAUCUCAUCCAGGCAAGUGAGCAGGGAGUUCACUUCAUAGUGUCGCGUCAGAUCUGCCUGCCGGCUCCAGACAUCUUACAAGAGGCUCCAUGGGGCAUGGACGGCCCCCCACCGUACUCCCCAGUGGAUAUCGAGCAGACAUUACUGGACUCGUGUCAGAAGCCGGCCUGCUAUGAAAAAACUGUCACCCUGACCAAGGAACCGUAUGACUCUUUGGGAAUGACAGUUGCUGGAGGCAUGUCCAGCCGAGGGUGGGAUCUGCCCAUCUAUGUCACCAACGUGGACGCCGAUGGAGUGGUGGGCCAGGAGGGCUCCAUCCGAAAAGGUGACAUCUUGUUAAAUGUGAACGGCAUGGACUUGACAGGAGUGACGCGAUGCGAAGCCGUGGCCAACUUGAAAAAUACGUCAUCACCUGUGGUGCUCAAGGUCUUGGAGAUGCGUCCUCCAGAAGAAAGUCUGCAGGACUUCACGUUGCCCCCUUGCCUCUCCCCCUCUGACAGCACCAAGAGCCCCUUGCCCAAUGACGAUCACUCCCCGCUGUGGGUGUCGUGGUUGCAGCUACCCAGGCAUCUCUACUGCUGCAAAGACAUCGUCCUGCGGCGGAGCACCUCAGGCAGCCUCGGCUUCAGCAUCGUUGGAGGUCAGGAAGAGGUCAACUGCAAUCAAUCCUUUUUUAUCCGCUCCAUCGUCGAGGGAACGCCAGCGUAUAAUGAUGGCAGGAUAAGGUGUGGCGACAUCUUGCUGGAGGUUAACGGUAAAAGUACAUGGGGAAUGACGCACACGGCGUUAGUGCGUCUUCUCAAGGAGCUUCGAGGGAGAAUCACCCUGACCAUCGUUUCUUGGCCGGGUAGUCUGCUGUGACAUUGCUCCAAGCUGCACUGAGCUGCACUGAGCAGGGAAUGAGCAAAACAUGUUUCUGGACUGGCUGGCCGCUCUUUAGCUUUGUUUGUGGCCGGAGCUUACAAUAGUGCUGUAGAUGAAUGGAUACCGAAAACACCCUAUGGACGACUGAGAUGGACAAACUUGAGACUGGGUUGUCACCAGAGUUGGAUUUGCCUCUCAGAGAAUGACGCAUUGGAGCGAUUCAGAUUCACGCUCGUGGACAUGAGGAUGUCUAUCCUCACUGAACAAAUCAUCCAGUGAUAAGAAUGUGGAUUCACAUGGAGACACAACACAUUGCCAAUUGCAGUAGUAGGUAUAUAUUAGGGAAUGCAUCAAGUUGGACUCAUUCCUUUACUGUAAAUGUUGGGUGUUUAAAUACGUAUGGAUUCAAGCACUUGUAACACUUCUGUUUGUGGUUCCGCCUUUAAAUAAUAGGCUCCUGUUUGUGCCGUCGGUGGCUGUCAUUCAUCCAUUGACCAACAGGACAUGUUGCCAAGUAGUCAGUCGUCUGUGUUGAGGUUUUGUUUGAUUUCUUUUUUUUUUUUUCUUUUUUUAAUACAGAGGCUUAAUUUAUCAAAUCCACUGAAAGAAAAAAAAAUGUGGUUAAAAACAAAGUGUCUAUGUGUUCAUAAGAUGUUAUGAUGUUUCAUUAGGUGACUUUGUGGAGGCCUUAAUCAUUUUCUUACUUUUAAGAGAAAAAAUACUGACUUGGUUUGUGGUCUAGGACCCAUCUUCUGUGGUUCUGUCUGUCAGCCUGUGUAAUAUAUCGAAUGGUGCAUUUGGUAAAACGAUCAAUAAAGUCAUUUGAAAAGAGAAGUGGACAAUGGAUACUGAUUAGCCUGCGAGCAGCAGACAAAACGAUCAUUUUUAUUGUAAAUGUAAACUUGUUUUUCUAAGAUUCGGUGGCAUAAUGUGCCAUGAGGUGAUUACCACAAAUGAAGCAAACCGAUAACCAGGAACCUGAUUUACAGUUUGUUUAUGAGCUCCAUUACUAUGUGCUCGAAUUUCACCAUGCUGCAGUCAUCAUUUAGAACAUGGGAGGAAGUGUGAGACUGUUCCAAAAACAGCAAGAAAAUAUUUGAAGACGAUGACUCUAAUACUAAAUAUGGACUUUGUGAGCUGGAUGUGUCCUUCACACAGCAUGGCGAGAGGCAGAUGUGAUGCCAGCAGAACCUGCUGCGCUUA